AUGAGAGACGGAAGUGACGUCCUUAGAUGCCAAAGUUGUUUAAAAAUGGCAGGUCCUCAGAGUAGAGUCGCUGGUGGGGGGUUUUGGAGCCAACCACAGGCUCAAUACAGUGCAAGUACACAUAAAUUACUGAAAGAUAUGAUGCAAGAGUCAAAGUUAACAAACUUUCAACAGAGGCAUCUUGAAAAAACACUGAGAGGUGGGGGAUCAUUACCUACACAAUGUGCUCCAACAAGUAGUACAAAGAAAAAGCCUGCAUCUGCCCCUAAAAAAGAAUCAAAAGUACUCAAUGCCAGAAACUACAAACCAGUAAUAAGGACAAAACAACAGAUGGAGGAUAUGGGAGCCUUUGAAAAACCAGAUUACACACCAAUGCCAAAUACUAAGGGUAAGGAUAACGAGCGACAGAAAGACAGACUUGCCAACAUUAUGGCCUUUGGAGAGGACAUAGACCCAAAGAAAAAGAAACAAAUGGCCAGACCUACGGGCCCUGUAGAUGAUGAACCUGACAUAGACAGAUUUGAUGAAUUACAACUUGAAAUCGAUGAAAGAAGAAACUUUUUAAGUGAAAUGGAAAAACAUGGACAAGGUGCAAAAUUCCGCCCCUUGAUAGAAACCGAGAUUUCACAGAAAAUUCGGGAGAUGGAGCUGAUAGAUAAGAAGAGAACAGCUGAGUUGGAGAGACUGAUUGAAGCAGACAGAAAACAACAAUCCUCAUCCUGACCACACCCAUCUGACCACACCCAUCUUAUCUUGACACGACAGCUGUUGCCAUCAUAAAUAGAUAGACUGUGUCAUGUGUUGGAACACACAACAGAAACUCAGCACUUGUACAAUAUCUCACACCAUAGAAUCAAAGAUCAUUGUGAUUUGAGUCCAAGUUGAGCAUAUUUAACUACAAGUUUUUUAUGUAUCUGAGCUAUUUAUUUCAGCAGACUACAUUUAUGCACAUACAGACCACGUCUUGAUUUUAUCUAUGCUUUAACAAUUUUUAGAAUGUUCCAGAUAUCAUAAUGGACUAAGGGUACAAGACUUCAACACACUGGUGUGGUACGGUAAUUUUAAUGUUCUUGUACUUUAAAUGUUAUCCAUAUUUAACAUCCAUAUUCAUUACCAUGUCCACAAUGUUUCUAUCUGUUCAUUAAAAUGGACUGUUUUUACUCUUGCUCCUUAUUGGUACUUACAGUAUUAGUAAAUGUACAUGUCCCCAAGCUCUACUGGAUCAAUUGCCAUGCAGUGUUUGUAGAAGCCCAAGUUUAUAAGUAUGCUUGCUACAGUUACUGUCCUAAAUACAACUACCAUAAACUGAUUCAAUGAGAGCACAGUUCUCUUUAAUUAUGUCUUAAUUACUUAUUCAAUAUUUAUCAGUGACAGAAGUUGGUUUUACUUUCCAAGUUUUGUUCUACAGUGUACAUGGUAUCCAUUUUAUGUCUUUUUAUUAACUCAGUCUGAAAAAAAAGAUGUUCUGUAAAACUCAACACAUAUUUAAAGAAUAAAAUUUAUAAUACCGGUAA